UCAGUUCGUAGUACCUUCCUUCCUGGGGUUAUAUUUUAAGAAGCUCUGGGUAUUUCCUUCUCUUCCAGGUUGCCGCUUCAAAACUGUCCAUGGCAUGAAAGAUUUGGACCGCCAUCUGCGAAUCCACACGGGAGACAAACCACACAAGUGUGAGUUCUGUGACAAGUGCUUCAGCCGCAAGGACAACCUGACCAUGCACAUGCGGUGCCACACCAGCGUGAAGCCCCACAAGUGUCACCUGUGUGACUACGCAGCUGUGGACAGCAGCAGCCUCAAAAAGCACCUGCGGAUCCACUCCGACGAGCGGCCGUACAAAUGCCAGCUCUGCCCCUACGCCAGCCGCAACUCCAGCCAGCUCACCGUCCACCUCCGGUCCCACACAGGGGACACCCCCUUCCAGUGCUGGCUCUGUAGCGCCAAGUUCAAAAUCAGCUCGGACUUGAAAAGGCACAUGAUCGUGCACUCGGGGGAGAAGCCUUUCAAGUGCGAGUUCUGUGACGUCCGCUGCACCAUGAAAGCGAACCUCAAGUCCCACAUCCGCAUCAAGCACACCUUCAAGUGCCUGCACUGCACCUUUCAGGGCCGGGACCGGGCUGACCUCCUGGAGCACAGCCGGCUGCAUCAGGCCGACCACCCCGAGAAGUGUCCCGAGUGCAGCUACUCCUGCUCCAGCCCGGCUGCCCUGCGGGUGCACAGCAGGGUCCACUGCAAGGACCGCCCCUUCAAGUGCGACUUCUGCAGCUUCGACACCAAGCGGCCCAGCAGCCUGGCCAAGCACAUUGACAAGGUGCACAGGGACGAGGCCAGAACGGAGAACCGGGCCCCGCAGGGCAAAGAAGGGCCCCGCGACAGCAGCUCUGUGCACGUGGCCAAAAUAGUGACUCAGAGGGCCUUCCGUUGCGAGACCUGCGGUGCUGCGUUUGUCAGGGACGACUCUCUGAGAUGCCACAUGAAGCAGCACAGUGACCAGAGUGAGAACAAGAACUCGGACUUGGUCACCUUCCCGCCUGAAAGCGGUGCCCCGGGACAGCUCGGCCCCCUGGUCUCCGUGGGGCAGCUGGAGACCUCCCUGGAGCCCAGCCAGUGCCUCUGAUUCAUGCGGAGAGGGCGGUGAGCCGUCUGGAAUUCCAGGCAAAUGCCGUUGCCCAGCCUCUUGGGUGAGGCCGUCAAGCCAGACUGUAGUCACCAGCUCUGGGCAUGGCUGCCCCAACUUCACAGGCCUCCGGAGGCCAUGGCUGCGGUCACUGUGGUGCGAGGGCAGGCGCCAGAGCAGCUGUGGAGACGCCUCUCCACGUUGCCGUCUGCCCCCCAAGCAUCAACUGGGCAGGUUGACCAGUCGCUCCAAGGUGGGGGUCCCCUGAGCACUGCUCUGUCCAGUAGGAUUAGCUUCUUUAUGAUGGAUUCCACUUCUAAGACUGGUCCAUUUCCGAUGCAAUUAUUAAGCUACUUAGACCUCAUGGACCUAAAACUAACCCGAUGUGUGGAGUGCGGACGGUUAAGAUGAGGAUGGGUGCGCGGAGGCGCUGGGAGGCCGGGAGGCUGUAGCUCUUAACCUGGGUGGUGGUUGGUUAUGUUUGCCUCAUACGUUGUGUGGUUCCUUUUAUCGGUAGUUUUAUAAUAAAAAGGCAAACUCACCUGCAGCGGGAUGUAAGAGGAACGCUCGUUUUUCCUCCAUGGACAGGUUAUGAUGCUGGGGCCCCGCCCCUCCUGGAUGCCCACAGAUGUCUCGGUCUCAGUGCUGCGUAGGGGGAGGUGCAGCUUGAUCUGUAGGUGGCAGCAGAGAUCAAGCUAACGCGCUCAGCCUGGCCCGCUGAGAAAUUCACGGCUUGUGUACUUGCAUCCUAGGGAAAGGACUAGGGGCGCAGUGGGCCCGGGGCUUGGUUCCGGGGCACAGCCUGAGACUAGCGUCUUUCACCACAGUAAACACGGGAUGUGUCCUGACCAACAAACAGGUGAAAAUCCAAACCUCUGGUAAAUGGACGUGUUGCUUGACUUAGGAGGCUGCGGAACACCAGUAGCUGUAUAAUUGAUCCAAAAUAGCUUUGUUUGUUUCACUUUGGCAUAUUUUCUUCAAAUACAGUCUCUGUUUAAUACAAA